UCUUAUCUAGAAUUUCAUCAUUACGUGGAUUUCGUCAUCCCACAAAGGACAAAAAUUCGAAAAAAAAAAAAAAAUUUUGUGUCAAUUACCAAACGAUCGGCGUAGAACUUGAAAUCGCUUCUCGUCGUGUUCCUGAAUAAAGAGAACAAUACAUUUAAAAUAAGACCCAGAGAUUCUUGACCUCACCAAUUUUUUUUUCUCGCCAUGUGACAGGCGGUCUCAUUAUCAUGUAAUUGCGAAAUAACUCACUUGUCGCGGAGGAUGGUCUGGAGCUCUUUAACUUGAGCGUUGGUUGGGAGAAUUUUUAAAUUUACUCCAUACUCGUCCAGCAGGUCAUUGCCUUCGCACCCCUGUUUUUUCACAACAGCUGUGUCUGCAGUGCCCAUGAUAGUGGCAAAUUUGGAGAUUCCGGUGAGAUUGGGAGAUCUGGUCUAAACAUCGAGGGAUGCCGACAACCACGAGACUGCGGUGAGCUCAGGCUAAAGUGUGAUAAUGUAUUGGGCAUUGAACAGGAAAUUUUGAUGAUGCACAUUGACUUGCGCACGCAUCUCUCUGUUUUCUUCCGGUCGGUGCACUCGAUUGUUGAGGGAGCGCUGCUUUGCCGACGUUUACCGACGCUGAGGCUUUUUUUAUCGAGGGAGGGGAUCUCUUACCGACAGUUAUUAACCUUGAACCGCUUCGUCUCAGUCUAACUGCAGAGGAAGUCGCUUCGGCUUCCGUUUUUCAAAUUGAAUUAUGAUGUGAAAUUGAAAUGUUUGGUAGGAGUAAUCAACCCGAGGCUGGGGUAACCGAUAAAAAUUCCCUUCGUGAGGAUAUUGACACAGAUGUGCAUACGCGGGGGAUCAGUGAAUUGCUGGAGGGCUUGGGGACUGAUGUGAGGAGAGGGUUAUCGUCCUCGAGGGCUCGGGAAUUAUCGGCGGAAUUCGGGGCUAAUGCCCUGACGCCCCCGAAGAAGACGUCCGAGCUUUGGAAAUUAACGAAAUGCUGUUGUGGAGGAUUUUCGACGCUCAUAUGGGCGGGCGCAUUCCUCUGCUUCGGCAGUUACAUUUUAGAAUCAGCGACCCAAGAAGACCCCUCCCAAGACCACCUCUGGCUCGGCGUCGUUCUGGUACUCCUAACAAUGCUAACCGGAAUGUUCAGUUACUAUCAAGAAUCAAAAAGCACUAAAAUCAUGGAGACAUUCAACGAACUUCUCCCACAAAGAGCUGUUGCACUGAGGGACGGUGAAAGGAGGGAGCUCAAUGCGACUGAAUUAGUCCCUGGGGACAUUGUCCUCAUCGAAACCGGUGACCGAGUCCCUGCUGACAUUAGAAUCCUGGAAUGUCAAGGUCUUAAGGUCGAUAAUGCAUCGAUAACUGGUGAGUCAAUUCCACUUUUGAGAUCAUCAAUGACAUCAGGGGGAAGCAUUCUUGAGAGCAAGAACAUGAUUUUCUUCUCCACAAAUGUUAUUGAAGGUACAGGUAAGGGGGUGGUGGUGGCAUGUGGGGAUCAAACGGUUAUGGGAAGAGUGGCUAAACUCACCUCGAGACUGUCUCCAAGGCCGACUCCACUCGCUCGCGAGAUAAACUUGUUCAUGAGGUACAUCUCCUGCUGGGCUGUGUUCCUUGGUUGUUCGUUCUUCAUAAUGUCCCUGGCGAUGGGCUACGGUUGGAUCGAGUCUCUCGUAUUUCUGAUCGGAAUUAUCGUGGCUAAUGUGCCUGAGGGCCUCCUCGCCACUGUCACUGUCAGUCUGACAGUCACUGCCAAGAGGAUGGCGAGUAAAAAUUGUCUUGUGAAGAAUCUUCAGGCUAUUGAGACUCUGGGAUGUACUGCGGUUAUCUGUAGCGAUAAGACUGGUACUCUCACGCAGAAUAAAAUGACAGUCAGACAUCUGUGGUUCGACGGAAAAUUGCGAGAGGUGAUGGCUGGGCACAAUUGGCGGUGGUACUACAACAAUCCUGGAUUCAAUAACUUGGCGAGAAUCGCCAGUUUGUGCAACAGGGCCGAGUGGGCGCCGAUUUCUGGCCCCCCUCCGCCCCUGAACAAGAGAAAGAUUUUGGGAGACGCUUCUGAGGCUGCCCUUCUCAAGUGCUUGGAGGUGCUGGUCAAGGGUGGGGCGGCAUUCUUUCGGAGGCAGUAUACCAAGAUUUUUGAGAUUCCCUUCAAUUCUACGGACAAAUAUCAAGCGAACAUUCAUUCCUCCAACGGCCGGUACCUCCUGUCCCUCAAAGGAGCCCCCGAGAGGGUCAUAGAACACUGCUCGAUGGUCUCCUUCGGUUCCGAGACUCGAGAACUGACAGAUGACGUGAAAUUAGCUUAUCUCGCCGCUUGCGAUGAUCUCGCGAAAAAUGGGGAACGGAUUUUAGGAUUCGCUGACUUGGAGCUGCCCGACGAAUUGUUCCCAAGGGAUUUCCAAUUCACUGGAGACCCUCCGAAUUUUCCACUGCAAAAUCUCAGGCUGGUGGGUUUAAUGGCGAUGAUCGACCCCCCUCGGCCAACCGUCCCCGAUGCUGUCUACAAAUGUCGCCUCGCCGGGGUGAAAGUCAUCAUGGUGACGGGAGAUCACCCCGACACUGCUCGAGCAAUAGCCAAAGCGGUUGGAAUAAUCACAGAAGAUCCCCAGGUCGACUCAGCCCACUCGAUCGUCAUCACCGGCUCAGAACUCCGGGAGUUCGGGGAUGGAGAGUUGGAUGGUGUCAUCAGAACCCACCCGGAAAUUGUCUUCGCGCGAACUUCACCAGUGCAGAAGCUCCAAAUCGUCGAGAGCUGUCAGAGACUGCACUUGAUCACUGCUGUCACUGGUGACGGGGUCAAUGACUCUCCAGCACUGAAGAAGGCGGACAUUGGAGUGUCUAUGGGAAUUACCGGAUCAGAUGUUAGCAGACAAGUAGCUGACUUAAUCCUCCUCGACGACAAUUUCGCCUCGAUAAUCACGGGAAUCGAAGAGGGUCGACGGAUCUUCGACAGUUUGAAAUCAGCUAUCGCUUAUACCCUAGCCAGUAAUGUCCCGGAGAUAACACCCUUCCUGGCGUUCAUUGCGUUUGGGAUUCCCCUCCCUGUCGGCAUUAUCUGCGUUCUGUGUAUCGAUUUGGGAACAGACAUGUGGCCGGCAAUAGCUCUGGCCUAUGAAGAGUCGGAGAGUGAUUUAAUAAAGAGACCUCCGCGGAUCCCCCAAACCGACCAUUUAGUCAGCAGAAAAUUAGUCUUCAUGUCCUACGGACAAAUCGGAAUAAUCGAAAUGGCAGCGGGUUUCUUCACCUACUUCGUAGUGAUGGCAGAGCAUGGGUUCUGGCCUGGGGACUUGGUGGGGCUGCGAGCGGCCUGGGAUAACCCAGCGGUGAACGAUCUGAAGGACAGCUACGGUCAGGAGUGGUCCUACCAGCAGCGCAAAGUCCUGGAGUACACCUGUCACACUGCGUUCUUCGUGGCAAUCGUGAUAGUCCAGGUGGCGGACGCAAUCAUUUGCAAGACGAGGAGAAAUUCCAUUCUCCGUCAGGGAAUGACCAACUGGGUGCUGAAUCUGGGAAUUUUAUUUGAAAUCUUGAUGGCUUGUGCGGUUUCUUACGCUCCUCACAUGGACGUGGUCCUCAAGACGUAUCCACUCAAGGCCCACUGGUGGCUUCCCGGAGUUCCUUACGCCAUUUUGAUUAUUGUUUAUGAUGAGCUGAGGAAAUUGUGGAUCAGGAGACAUCCGGGGGGUUGGUGGGAUCGCGAGACAUCGUAUUGAUGGAUCCGAUAGUGAGUAUUGAGUAUUGAAUAUCUGUCAUUAUUACCCAGCAGCUGGUGAAGCUGGUGGUCGUGUCCUGAAGGAUCAUACCAACAGAUUCUCUAAUCCAAAUUCUCGAAAAUUCGUGAAUACUAUUAUUAUUAUUAUUGUUGGUGAAGAUAAAUAAAUUUAAACGGUAGAAAAUAAUGCUCCAC